AUGGAUGGCCAGGAUGAGAACGAUCGACUCUUCGUCAUGCCAAUUGCUUGCGCAGCCUUCGGCGGAAAGAUACCUGAAGUGGGCACCAUGGUGAAAUUCAAGGUGGUCAUGGACGCGAAGACCGGCCGACCUCGGGCGGACUUCGUCCGACCAAUCCAGGGCCGAGCUUCGCCAGGUGUUGCACCUGGCAUGGGUGCACCUGGCAUGAGUGCACCUGGCAUGGGUGCCAUCCCGAUGCACAACCCGAACGUUCAAGCUGCGCCGCCCUCUGCGACCAUGCCUCGUGAAGGUGCCCUCACAGGUCACGUGUCGCGCAUUUCGAGCAACUUCGGGUUCAUCGCACAAGACGGUGCGACGGAGACGGAGGUCUUCUUCAUGCCCCGAGGCUGCAAGGGCUUCCAAGAGUCGCUGCCGGCCGUGGGAACUCGCGUCAGCUACUUCAUUGUGACCGAUGAGAAGACGGGUCGGCCAAGGGCCGAUGACAUUCAGCCUGAAAUGGGAGGCACCCCUGGUGGUCCCGGCCAUGAGCUCCUCCAGACCCGGGUGACCGGCGUGGUGGAAGAUGCCGGCGAACGUGGCGGCGGGAAGUAUGGCUGGAUCCUGCAAGAGGAUGGUAGCCGCAUGUUUUGCUUGCCGGGCUCCUGUCCGGCCUUUGGCUGUGUGAUCCCACCCAUGGGCACCAAGGUCAUCUAUGACGUGAUUAACGAUCCGAAGACCCAAAGGCCAAGGGCAGAGAACGUGCAACCCUUCAACACCGGCGGUUUGGUGGCAGCCCUGCGGGGCAAGGGCGGGCCCGGCGAACCGAACGUUCAGCCACUUGGCGCCAACUCGAUUUAG